CAAUGGACCAAGGGAAAUAUCACUCUAGAGGUUUACCCCAGUCUACCAAUAAAAUUAACUUCGGUAGCCAUGAAAACACUAUCCGUUGAAUCGCUGCAGGUCUUUACGUCGGCAAAGAACAGAUUACAAAGUUUUAUCGUACAGGAACGAUAUGUUUCGCCAAACGUCAACUUCGCCAUCCCCUCCGAAACCAAAAAGCUCAGUUGUUUGGUUGUUGACGUUACGACCGAUCAGGAUUUUGAUUUAGAAAUUGACGAAUCGUACACUUUGGAAAUUUCGGAUGAUUCCUUGAUCGCCAAAGUCUCAGCAAAAACGAUUUAUGGUGCUUUGCACGGCCUGACCACAUUCUCACAGUUGAUAUAUUAUGACAACGAUUAUUUAAAACAUGAGAAGCAUCGACAAGCCUACCUACCAUUUGCUCCACACAAGAUUGUCGACGCGCCAGUCUUCAAAUAUCGAGGUUUGUUGUUGGAUACCGCAAGAAAUUAUUACCCAGUGCAGGACAUUCUAAGAACUUUGGAUGUCAUGUCCUGGAACAAAUUGAAUGUAUUUCAUUGGCACAUUGUGGACGCCACCAGUUGGCCGGUAGUCAGUAAGGCGUACCCAAAGUUGAGUGAGAAAGGUGCAUACGAUCCGAAGACCAUGAUUUACACUAAACAAGAUAUUUCGAUUAUCGAUGAAUACGCAAAAUUGAGGGGAAUUUUGGUUGUUCCGGAAUUCGAUAUGCCAGGACACACCCAGUCUAUUGCUCACGGUUAUCCCGAAAUAAUGUCAUGCGUAAACGAACAACCCCGUUGGGAUUUGUUCUCUGCCGAACCGCCAAGCGGCCAGUUGAACCCUGCCAUCCCUGAAACAUAUUCUUUCCUUGAGGGUCUAAUACCCGAAAUGGCAUCCUACUUCUCCAGUAAAUAUUAUCACGCUGGAGGUGAUGAGGUGAACGUCAAUUGUUGGAGCCAAGAUCCAUCUGUCAAAUAUUAUUUGGGAAAUAAUUCGGGCAGUACAUUGGAUACCUUGCUCGGAAAAUUCAUUUCUAAAACUCACGAAUUGGUCAGAAAAUCCAAUAAGAUACCGAUAGCAUGGCAGGAGAUGAUUGUUGAUCAUAACUUAACGUUAGGAAGUGAUACGUUAAUACAAGUGUGGAAUGAUGACAAAAAUUUAAAGAAA